UUUCAGGCUCACAUUUUUGGUUGGAGUGAAGGAAAAGCACCUUCUGAUGCCGUCGGUGGAGUACGGCCGUUUUGGCCUGCAGCCGACGGCCAUCAAUCAGAAUCGCAACAAACAUUUUUUAAACGAACCGAAGAAACGUAAACCACGUCAAGAAAUCUGUGCACCCCUCAAAUGGCUCUGUUUCAUUGCCAAUUUCUUAGUCUUUCUUAUCGGUGUGACAUGUUUGGCACUCGGCGUAUAUUUAUGCAUCAAGGAUCCGCGACCGAUAGCCGAAUGGGCGGAUGUAUUUCUUAACCCGGCCGUUGUGCUUACUAUAAUUGGGCUUGUCAUAUGCAUUGUUUCAUUAAUGGGAUCCCUUGGUGCUCUAAGAGAUAAUAUUGCAUUGCUCAAAACGUUCGCACUCAGUGUUUUUUUCUGUUAUAUUAUUAUUGUAAUAUUCACAUUUUUAUUAUUUAUAUUAUUCUAUUCCGAUACAACGGAAGGUCUUUCGGCGCACAGUAUACUCAUUUACUCAGUUAAAAAUUAUCAUACCAAUAGAAAUUUAGCUGAUUUUGUGGAUUAUAUUCAAGAACAGUUUGAAUGCUGUGGUGUGUCGUCAGCUUCACAGGGUUAUCGAGACUGGCAGCUUUCUGACCAAUUUAAUUGCAAUUCAACAAAUCCUUAUCCAGAAAAGUGUGGAGUACCAUUCAGCUGCUGCAAACGAUCUGUGGUGUCAGAAGCAGCCGCUGGUUCUACCAAUCCUUUAUUGCCAGCGAUGCGGUCGCUGCAAUGUUGGCUGAAUGCGCAAACAAAACGACCUCAAGAGCUGGAAGCUGAUUUGCACACACGUGGAUGCUUGCAACCGUUGCGGACAGUUUUCGAAAGUCAUGCCGUGCAUAUCGGUGCUGUUGUCGCCAUCAUCAUCAUUCCUGUUUGUAUAUCAGUAUGUUUAUCAAAUAUCUUGGCCAAACAAAUCGAUCACCAACGAUAUUUGCUAGAACGUGAAGCUCGUCGCUGCGAGCGACGUCGUAGACGCAAUGAAAGGAUUCGUUUCCGUGAUCCAUGCAUAUCUGCCGUAGAAACUAAUGCCAGUGAACCCAAACGCUCCACCAGUGCUCCACGACAUAGCACGGGUCUAAAUUCAGAUGAUAGAGCAACUGUCAUCGAUCUCGAACUGGAAUCUGUGAAAGUGGCGGAGUCAUUACGACCUUCUGUAGCUGUGCAGCCAGAAAAAAAACUUCCUGCCUUAAAUUUAUCGAGUUUUUCGCAGUCAGCGCCACCAGUACCACCUCAUGAGCCCCCUCCACUGAAUGGUGAAAUAAAACGGCAUCGAAAGCAUUGUCAACCAACAAGUAAUUCAGCAUCGAAACAAAUCGUACAAACGUCGUCAACAAUAAAUCAGUACCAAAGAAUAUCGAGCGGAACAUCAAUAGCAGCCGCCCAAAGUAAACAGAAGCAACGAAGACGUUCAGUGGCUACCGUUUCACCACCCAAAACAACAGCCGAAAAUCGGGCGCAACAAUAGGUUUUGGAGU